AUGGCAGCCCACUGGGACGGUUUGACCGGACGGAUAAAUUUCAACAGGACCAAUGGCCUGAGGACAGAUUUCGAUCUGGAUGUGAUCAGCCUGAAGGAAGAGGGGCUAGAGAAGAUUGGGACAUGGGAUCCUGCUAGUGGUUUGAACAUGACGGAAAACCAGAAGGGAAAGGCAGCCAAUGUGUCGGAUUCUCUCUCCAACAGAUCGCUGGUGGUGUCCACUAUACUGGAAGAGCCUUACGAGAUGUUCAAGAAGUCAGAUAAGCCGCUAUACGGUAACGAUCGCUUCGAGGGCUUCUGCAUCGACCUGCUGCGAGAGCUGGCUGCCAUCCUGGGCUUCACCUACGAAGUGCGACUGGUGGAGGAUGGCAAGUACGGAGCGCAGGAAGAGAGCACGGGCCAGUGGAACGGCAUGAUCCGAGAACUGAUGGACCAUAAAGCUGAUCUUGCAGUGGCACCCCUGGCCAUCACGUACGUGCGGGAGAAGGUCAUCGACUUUUCCAAACCCUUCAUGACGCUGGGGAUAAGUAUACUGUACCGCAAACCCAACGGCACCAACCCGGGGGUGUUCUCCUUUCUCAACCCCCUGUCCCCCGACAUCUGGAUGUAUAUUCUGCUCGCUUACUUGGGUGUCAGUUGUGUGCUGUUUGUCAUAGCCAGGUUUAGCCCCUACGAAUGGUAUAACCCCCACCCGUGCAACCCCGACUCGGAUGUAGUGGAAAACAAUUUCACCCUGCUAAAUAGUUUCUGGUUCGGAGUUGGAGCUCUCAUGCAGCAAGGAUCUGAGCUCAUGCCCAAAGCCCUUUCCACCAGGAUAGUAGGAGGCAUCUGGUGGUUUUUUACCCUAAUCAUCAUCUCCUCCUACACGGCCAACCUAGCCGCCUUUCUUACCGUGGAGAGAAUGGAAUCUCCAAUUGACUCGGCCGAUGACCUGGCCAAGCAGACCAAGAUUGAGUAUGGAGUGGUGGAGGAUGGCGCUACAAUGACCUUCUUUAAGAAAUCAAAGAUCUCCACUUAUGAUAAGAUGUGGGAGUUCAUGAGCAGUCGAAGACAUUCGGUGAUGGUGAAGAGCAUCGAGGAAGGAAUUGAACGUGUGCUCACCUCUGAUUAUGCUUUCCUUAUGGAGUCCACCACCAUCGAAUUUGUCACUCAGCGCAACUGCAACCUCACGCAGAUCGGAGGCCUCAUAGACUCCAAGGCCUACGGGGUCGGCACCCCAAUGGGGUCCCCGUACCGAGAUAAGAUCACCAUCGCAAUCCUGCAGCUACAGGAGGAAGGGAAGCUGCACAUGAUGAAGGAGAAGUGGUGGCGAGGAAACGGCUGUCCUGAGGAGGAGAAUAAGGAGGCCAGUGCGCUGGGCGUCCAGAACAUCGGUGGCAUUUUCAUAGUGUUGGCUGCGGGACUCGUCCUCUCUGUUUUUGUGGCAGUUGGGGAGUUUCUCUAUAAAUCCAAACAAAAUGCACAGCUGGAAAAGAGAUCCUUCUGCAGCGCCAUGGUGGACGAGCUAAGGGUUUCCCUCAAGUGCCAGCGCCGGCUCAAACACAAGCCGCAGCCGCCCGUCAUGGUCAAAACGGAGGAAGUCAUCAACAUGCACACCUUCAAUGACCGAAGACUGCCAGGCAAAGAGACCAUGGCUUAAAACGGACACCAGCUCACUCUUUCUUGAGCUUGGAGAAGGAAACUUCACGGGGAGAAAUUUGGGCGGGGAGGAGGUCGGUUUUCUACACGGGGGGAAGGGAUCUUAAAUGUCAUUUCAAACAAUUAUUUACUGAAACCAACAGCAGAAACUGAAACAUAUUUCCUGUGGAAAUAACUUGAAUCUGGGCAAAAGUUUAGUUACCUUAUCGCUCCAGAUCACCACCAGAGCAAAGACUGACCGGUGCCAGCGUUCAGGGUAACUUUUAGCAGGAAAUACACACACACACGGCUAGAGGAGUGUGAUAGAGGGAGGUUUGUCUGCUCACUACAUUCAUAUUAUUUUAGAUUUGAUGACACACUUGGCUGUUGUCCGUCCACAGAGAGCAGCUGAGUCCUUUAGAGAGAACGAGGAGACGCGUCCUGACAAAUACAGAAGCAAAAGAAGGACAGUUUUUUAACACGUACAGUACCUGUGCUACUUUUAGGAGCAAAAUAUAAAAAAAUAAU